UUAUCCAUUUGUUUUGUUCUAUAUAGUCUACCACACAUUAUAAAUCGCGGGUUUCUUCACGGCCAAUGCCAGUCGUAACUUGCAUCUAAACCGUAUCACUAACAUUUUCGUCAGCAACAUGGUGCAAAAUAGUAAAAGAAACGAUCGGACACCGUCAGUUGUGCCUGAAGUAGUAAUUACCGAACAACCAGAUUCCAACGUUGGAGAACAUGAGAUUAUAUCUAGGGAACCAUCGCGUGAACGCAGCUCUCGAUCGGUAUCAAUUUCACGUUUAAAAGCAGGGGAUCCCUUGAGAAAAGAAAUGAUGUUUGUUCGAGAAAAGUCACCAUUUGAAAUUGGAGAAAACCGUGACGUUCAAUUGGCAUCAUCUAAAGCUAUUAUUGAUAAAGCCCUCAUUAUGGAUGUAUCUGGAGGAAUAACAAAGGUUGACGAGUAUGUGUCAUUAUUUUUCUCACCAGGAUGUGUAAUAGAUGCAGCUGUUUGUGAAGAUAUUUCUACUCAGCAGACUAUUGAAAUAGUUGUGGUUGAAGAAGAAGAUGAAAAACCUGAAGUUGUGAUCACGCCAUUAAUUUUAGAUGAGGUUCUAGAGGAAGCACAGCAACCAGAAGUGGCGAAAGAAGAGGAGAACAAAAUAUAUUUGAUAAGCGCUACCGAAGAUCAGCAUUCAACAGAAAGUACUGAAACACAAAAUACCAAUGAAGCUGUAAUAGAAGAAAGCAAAGUCGAAAGUGUAAUUGAAGUAAUUGAUCAAAAACAUACCAUAAACGAAAAUUCCCUAUUAGAAGAUGUGCCCAUUGAUAAAACUUCAGAAGAAGAUGAAGAAGAAGAAGAAGACGAAGAGGAAGACGAAGAAGAAGAAGAAGAAGAAGAAGAAGAGACAGAAUCUUCAUCAGAUGAAUCGUAUGAAGAAUUAGUUGACCCUUCGCUAUGGCGUGCUUAUAAUCCAGAUGGUGACGAUCCUACCGCAUGGUUUUACAAGCCACCUGAAGAGAUAACUCCAGAGCUCACGGAAAAAGAGAAAGAUGAGGAAUUCAGAAGAGCUCGACUAGCAAAACGAAUUCCUAUUUUUCUAACUAACCUAACCGACCGAGCAGGUCCUUACGGGUCAGAAAUCAAACUGCAGUGUUCAGUAGAAGGCCUGGAAACCACAUGCAAAUGGUUAAAAAAUGAUCAGUUAGUUGAGAGAACAUCGAAACUACAAACAACGGUAGUUGAUGGAUUAUAUACACUAAUAUUAAAAGAUGUACAAAAAUCAGAUGAAGGAGUCUACACCAUCAUUGCGAAAAAUAGAGGUGGUGAAGUCAGCUCCUCUGCUAGGGUAAAAUUAUACGAAGAUCCUAGAGAUCGAGUGGAACUUCCUACAAUCAUCAAAAUAAGAGAUUACUACCACCAUGCCUUGAAUGAUCUAAUAAUUGAGUGCCAAAUUAUGUCCAAACCAAGCUGGUGUAUACCUGAAGUGACUUGGUUAAAGGGAGAAGAUCCCGUUACUUUAGAUAAUAGAGUUCGUGCUUCAUAUGAGGGUAACGAAAUAUUUCAAUUAAAUAUAUACAAUCCAACAGCAGACGAUAGUGGACUGUACACGUGUAUAGCACAGAACUCAUCAGGAGAACGAGUGAUUUCACAUGAAGUCGAUUUUACUGCUAAGGUGCACUACAUUCAUCUUCCUGGUAUGCACCAUGCCGAUAAAAAGAUUCUAACAGAGGAAGAGCUCUUAGAAAAGCAGGAACAGGAAGCGAAACUAGCUCAAGAGCAUGCAACUGCCCGUGGUACAUCACGGGCUGAACCUCCUGCUGAGCCUUACAAGGAGGAAUCGUAUGUUAUCAGAGAUUCAAAAAAUAAAUUAACAUGGGCCGGCCAACUACAUAAUAUAACAGCUCAGAAAGGCCAAACAGUUAAAAUGAUUUGUUCUGUCAACGGCAACCAAGCAAUAAUUAAAUGGCAGAAAAAUAAAAAAGCUAUUGAUUACAACGAUCGCGUAAAACUACUUAACAGCGGUGUAAUAGGACAGAUCGUAAUCAAUAACGUGACAAAUAAAGAUGCCGGUGAAUACGUCUGCUCAGCUAAAAACAACUACAAUGAAAUUCAAACUACGUGCGUUUUGAAGGUGAUUCAGUUAGUAACAGCGGAAACAUCACCACCAACAUUCACCAAAGCUAUCAAAGAAUUCUACGACUCAAGAGCUAAUGAUCUUGUUCUGGAAACACAAGUUCACGGUGUACCUAAUCCAGAAAUUCAAUGGUACAAGAAUGAGGAAAAAAUUACUUAUGAUGACAAAUUGAUGCUGAACCGUGAACCAAACGGGAAGUACCAGUUGCGCAUACAUAAACCUCAUUUGGAGGAUUGUGGUUUAUAUGAAUGUCGCGCUAAUAAUAGUGAUGGCCAAAGUAAAGUUAAACACGAAGUAAACUUCAACUCAAAUGAGCAAUUCGUUCAUGCACAUCGUGUUGAACACGCCGAACGAUUUAAAAGGCAACACGAAGAGGAACUAGCAUUUAGUUUACCCCUAAAUAUAUCACAGGAAACAUCACCACCGGUCAAUGAAGACGACAGUGUCUACAGUGUGACAAACGAAGAGAAUCAAGAUUCUACUGCAAAGGAUAUAGAACAAGAAAAGGGUGAUACCAUAGAUGCCCAAUCUACUGAUAAAGAAGUUGUAAAGGAACCUGAACCUCCAAAAUCAAAACCGGUCUACAAACCUAAAAUAAUGCCCAGGCGAAGGUUUGAUGAUGGUCCAUCAGAACCAUUCAUCAUAAGGGAUUCUAAAAAGAAGCUUACAUGGGAAACUAAACUUAAAAACCUUCCUGCACAAGAAGGCGGAACCCUUAAACUUGUAUGCAUUGUUGCUGGGCCGCAACCUCAAUACAAGUGGAUGAAAAAUGGAAAACCAUUAGUAUGGAGUAAGGAUUUAGUAAAUGCAACUAAAGCCGAGUUUGGUUGCAUCAAAAUCAACCAUGUGACUUUAUCAGACGCAGGAGAAUACACGGCGCAAGCUAAGAACGCAGACAGUGAAAUAGAGUGUUCUUGUAAAGUUACUGUAUUUUCAAGCACCAAAGAAGUACAAACUAAACCUACAUUUACAAGAAUAACAGACUACUAUGACAUUCGAGUGAACGAUCUUAUACUAGAAGUCCACGUUCGAGGAACUCCCACUCCUACUUUGUUAUGGGAAAGAGACGGAAGAGAGUUCAAGAAUGGAAUUGAUAAAGUAAUAAUAUCUCGCGAGAAAGAUGGAGUCUACAAAUUAAGUAUUCAUGAUCCCGUUAAACUUGAUGGCGGCCAUUGGGUAAUUACAGCCAAAAACGAAGCUGGUGAAGAAAAAGUUAAACACCAAGUGAUAUUCAAAGGAAAAGAACAUUUUCAGCAUGUUGCUGGUAUUUAUCAUGCUGACCCUAAAUUAAUACGCGAUGAAAAUGACGAAUACUUAUUGCCGGGAAGAUCUAGGUCAGCGUCACGUGCUGCUUCAGUUUUAUCGAUCAAAUCUCAACCAAGAGAGCCUUCUAUACCCAUCACUGAAGAAGCUUUGAAUGCAGCAUUUACUGAAGAAAUUAUUGAAGCUAUAGAAGAAAAUGCGGAAGUUCAAGCUGAGAAAGCUAAAAAAAACACACAGAAAAGAGAAUGGCGUAAAAAGUUGUCCACCCUGUACAGUACCGAAUCAAGGCCAAUACCCGAGGAACUUACGAAACCCAAGCCACUCGACUUGAAGCAAAAGCUGUACUUUGAAGCUCAAUUGAAGAACAUGACUAUAGCUGAAGGAAGUUCUGUCAAAUUGGUAUGCUCAUGUGUUGGACCAUCCCCUACGAUCAAAUGGUUUAAAAAUAACAUACCGGUAUCAUAUUCGAAAACCUUGAAGAAUAACUCAAAACUUGGCGUUGGUGCUAUUCACUUCACAACUACUACUGUUAGCGAUUCAGGCACAUACAAAUGUGUUGCUAGCAAUAAUUUUGGAGAAGUAGAGACAUCCUGCCUGUUGUCCAUAUAUCCCGUACUCGGAAAACAAUAUGAAGCACCAACAUUUGUUAAAAAUGUUAGAGAAUAUUACGACAUCCAGAUUAAUGAUUUGAUACUUGAAGUCCAAGUCCGCGGAAAUCCACCUCCUACCAUUAAGUGGUUCAGAGAUGGAAUUGAACUAGACGAUACGGAAGGCGAGAAAUUUUUCCAACUUAGAGAACCACAAGGCAUUCACAAACUUACAAUACAUGACCCUCAAAUAAAGGAUCAAGGUCGCUACAUGUGUGAAGCCGUGAAUUUAGCUGGAAAGGAUUCUAUCAAGCAUGAACUCAGGAAAUUUAAUAAAGACGAUUAUACCCAUGUGUACGGCAUUUCACAUCAUGAUCCCAGAGUAAUGAAACACGGCGUAUACGAAGAGCCACAAGAAGUGGUUGAACGGGAGCAUAGAGAAGUUAUAUUUUUAGAAGAUGGAACAUAUUAUAUGCGUGGUCAAACACCUGAGCAUCUCUGGGAAUUUGAAACUGACACAAGUGCAGAAAGUGAAUAUGAACCGUAUGAGCCAACAACUGAAGAUGAGAAACAGGAAAACGAAAAAAAUGAAGAAGAAGAUGAAGAAGAAGAAGAAGAAGAAGGAAUCGAAAAAGAAGUCAAAGAUGAAAAGGAUGAAGACAAAACAAAAGAAUCUAGUAAAAAAGAGACAGAUAUAGAGGAAGCUGAGACUGACGAUAAGGCUGAUGCUGACGAUGAAGAUGAAGAAGAAUUAUCAGAACAACCAGAACCUGCCCCUGUAAUUAAACGUGGACCAAAGAUCAAAAAGAUGAGAAAGAAGAAUGUAUACAAACAAAAACAGUCGAUUGAGCCUACACUUUUAGAACAGCAGCAUUUAAUUCCUGAACAAUCACCAGUAUCAGAGACUAUUCAAAGUAAGGAAGAAGUAAAAACCGUUCCUCAUGACGCACAACCAAUAGAACCAAUAUCUAAAGAAGAACAAGUCCCUAUAGAGGAAGCAAAUGCACAACAAACAGAAACCGAUCCAGUACAAGCUAAUUUAGCAAAGGAUAAAGAUACUCUUAGAAAAGAACGAUACCUUCGUUUAUUCCCAGAAUUUAUACCGGUACCAUCAAAACCAGAAGAGAGCAAAAAUGCUCUAAAGUUUAUUACAGAAUUGCGGGACAUUACAGUUUCAGAUGGAAAACCAGCUAAAUUAUUUUGUACUGUUCUUGGUCCAAAACCGGAAAUCAAAUGGCUUAAAGAUGGAGAAGUUAUGGAGUUUACUAAAACUAUCAAAAAUCAAUCACAUGAUGGCACUGGAAUCGUAACCUUUGCUAAAGUAUCUCCAUUAGAUGCAGGAAUUUACACCGCUGUGGUGAAGAAUAAGGAAAAUGUUAUCACCACUCAUGCUACACUGACAAUUGUUCAAAAACUUGAGGUACGUCUAGGAAUGGGUCCAAGGUUUAUAACUAAUAUUGACCAGCAUUAUGAUUUUCGUGUCGAUGAUUUAAUAUUAGAGACACAUAUUAAAGGUGAUGGACUUCUCAUGAUUCAAUGGUUCUUGGACGGUAUUGCGAUUGAAAACAAUGAUAAAUAUAUACAGAUCAGGGAGCCAAUGGGUGUAUAUAAAUUGUGUAUCCAUAAUCCACAAGCUAGAGAUAACGGAAAUUAUAUGAUCAAAGUUACUAACGACUUUGGGACGGUAGAGCAAAAAUACCAUUUGCGAUUCGAAGGUAAGACAGGGAAGCCUUCAUAUGGAAUAUUUCACGCUGAUCCUAGAAGGCAAUAUGCCGAUGACGAGGUUAUUAAAGAGCCUAGGCAGUAUCGUGAAGUCGUAUUUUUGGAGGAUGGUACAUAUUAUGUUCGAGGUCACACUCCGGAACAAUUUUGGGAAUAUGAAACGGAUACCAGUGCUGAAAGCGAAUAUGAAGAAUAUGUUUCUGACGGUGAGCACAGUGUAGCGACUGAAGAAGAAGAAGAAGAAGAAGAGGAAGAUGAAAAAGAAGCAGCACAAGAAUUAAACGUAGAUUCAAUACCGGUACUGGACCAAGAAGAGAUACAAACAAUGAAAGAAGAACCUGGAAAUGAAGAAACAGAAAAAGACGAAGAUGAGUACGUAGAGCCAGAAAAGCCAGAAGUUAUAAAACGAGGACCAAAAAUUAAAAAGAUGAGGAAGAAGAUCAGCAAGUCAGCUAUAGAAACAGCCCUGCAGCCUGCUGUUCAACCUAAAAUUACAACACAACCUGAAGUACGCCCAAUUGCCGAAGGUCAACCAAAAAUGAGAAUUAGUCAACGAAUUGUCAGUGGUCAACCUCAAGAAGCUCCGGCACCACCUAAACCAAAAAGAAAACCAAUUGAAGUGGAAUUUAUUAGCCGCCUGAGGAAUCAAACCUUACUUAAAGGCAAAACUUUAAGUUUGAACUGCUGUUGUUCAGAUAAUCAGAAAGUGGAAGUAAAUUGGUUCAAAGAUGGUGAAAAAUUUGAGAUGAAUAAGCGAUGCGUAAGCGAUGUUCACUUUGGGUUCAUCACGUUGGAGAUAUACCGAACAACUGUGGAGGAUUCUGGUAUUUAUGAGUGCCACGUAAAAACGGCAAAUGGUGAGGCAAAGGACUCCUGCAAAAUUAUAGUGUUUGAAAUACCUGAUAAGGAAGUUGUUGAAUUAGUGCCUCCAACAUUUAUCCAUCCUUUGAGGGAAUCAUACCACCCGACAACCAAUGAUCUUCACCUGGAAACACGUGUGCGAGGCAAUCCUGUUCCAACUUUAACUUGGUUUUGCGAUGCAAUUAUGAUCCCUCAUAGCACAGACAAAUAUGAAAUCUUCAACCAACACUACUACGAGUUGGGCACAAAAAUUACUAAUGCUACCCUUAUAAUCAACAACCCUCAAAUGAAAGAUAGCGGUAAAUACACCUUGGUAGCAAAGAACGAAGUAGAAAAAGUGGUAGUCACACGUGUAGUGAAAAUAGGUUUACGAUCUGAAACACAUAAGAAAAAGCGAAUGGACGAUGUAGUGAUUCAAAACGAGGCUCCCAGAGUUAACCCAAAACCGCCAACUCCAGAACCAGAACCAGAACCCGAACCAGAACCGGUUUUAGAGGAAGAAGAAAAACAAGAAGCCGAAGAAGUGCCUGAAGAAGAGGAAGACGAAGAAGAAGAAGAUGAAUAAUAUAAUAAUUUCUUUUAAAACCCGGCUAGUCAUUCAUGUAAUAACGUAAACAAACUAUGAAACGUCGCAUCGACGUAAUUCUUAGAUAAUUUGCAAAAAAAAUACUUCUUAUAGCACCAUCAACAAAAAAUACUGUAUUUUGUGUAUAGUGACACCAAUAAAACAAUAAACAAUAUAUUCUGUAACAAUUCCAGUACGCUAUACUGUUUUCAAGCCAUAAAUGUAUUCAAUUGAAGAAAAUGUUCUCCAUGUACUGAUCACAAAUACAGGGCGACAGGCUCAUGGUUCGUCUGAAACAGCGUGACAGAGGACCUCAAACCAUACAAAAAAUACUCUAAUGUUUGUGACCACCAUACCUUUGAACCGCCCUAGUGACACAAUUAAUCCACUAAGCGAACUAGAACAACAUAUUUAAUUUAUCUAGAAGUUUGCGCUAUCUUCUGAGAUGCUCAAAUCUAUUAAAUAAAUCAAUAAAAAAAAAUUAAUCGACGGUGGCCUUAAACCACAUAUUUUUGCCUGUUUGGUACACUGAGGUGAAUCAAAAGGCUAUAAUAUCACUUGAAAAACAUAUUUUAAUCCGAGGCCCCGAAGGCCAAGUAUCAUAUAUUCACGCAGAAAAAAAUAAUUUAAACCUAAUAAUAUUUGACGUAAAUUUAAUAAGAAUUUCAUUUUGUUUUGGCUGCAAAAUGAAAUCAUUAUUAUUUCAACAAUCCAGUAUCUUUGAUUAAAAAACCCAUGGAUUGUUAAAUCAAAAAGAAAAUCUUUUCGAAUUUACAAGAGCUUUUAUGGUUUUGACGUAAGCUGUCAAAUUUGGCAGCUGGGUCAACAAAAAAUAUGUUUGUUUUUAAAAGAGAUUUCUUGUUGAUUCAAUCAUAUUUAUUUUAUUAAGCCUAAAAAUAUACGCAGUAGAAAUAAAAAUAUGUUUAUUGAUUCAAUUUUUAAUAAUUUGCGAUUAUUUUUAUAUUUUGUUUUCUAUUUGUUACCAACAGAAUUACAAUGAAAUUAAAAAAAACUUUCUGAGGCAUAAAAUCUCUCCGGUUCAUGAGUUGAUGGGUCGAUAGGUAGGGUCCAGGUGUGGGAGCGGCCUUCCUGGCGUUGGGAGCAUUGGUACUCAGUACUGAAAAUAAGAUUGACGGAAAAAAUCAAGGAAAAAUAGAAAAACUGUUUAUAUUUUGCAACAGCAGCAUACUUACUUACCUCUAGAGCUGAAUGAAACGAGAAAUUUUUUGUUAUUGUUUACAUUUUUGUCUGGGUUUUCACGAGGGAAUGGUUGGUAGUUAUUUUUGCAUUUAUGGCCCGGGGA